AUGGCUAGAAGUUCAUUCAAGCUUGAUCAUACUUUGGAGAGGAGGCAAGCAGAAGCUUCUCGCAUCAGAGAGAAAUAUCCUGAUAGAGUACCCGUGAUUGUGGAAAAGGCUGAAAGGAGUGAUGUCCCUGACAUUGAUAAGAAGAAAUAUCUCGUCCCAGCUGAUUUGACUGUCGGUCAGUUUGUUUAUGUUGUCCGGAAAAGGAUCAAGCUCAGUCCUGAAAAGGCUAUAUUUGUCUUUGUAAAAAACACUCUGCCUCCCACUGCUUCAUUGAUGUCUGCAAUCUACGAGGAAAACAAGGAUGAAGAUGGUUUUCUGUACAUGACAUACAGUGGGGAGAAUACCUUUGGAUUGCACUAG